AUGGUCUCCGCCAACUCCCUCCUUUGCGUCGUCCUCAGCGCCGCCUCCCUGGCCGCCGCGACCCUCGACCCGGCCUCCACCAACACCAAGGGCAAAUGUCCUGGCACUUAUAACUGCUCUGCCAGCAAAGUCUCCACCGCCAUCCAAGCCGCCGAGUGCUCGCACAACACCCGCACCUCAGGCACCCAAACCUUCGCCGUCUUCGUCACCGACCACGAGUACGACUCCUCGUACGGCGCCCCCUACGGCACCUGCAGCGCGUACACGUGCACGGCGCCCACGGACGCGGAGAUGACCGACUCGGACUCGGAUUGCUGGACGUUCUUCUGGAACGACAACGGCGAGUCCUCUGGGGUCGGAACGGGGUGCAUCAAGAGCCCGACUGAUGGUACUUGCGGGUGUGAGGACUCGGAUGGCACUUUUGUUUAUGGUUCGGAUAGCUGCACUUAG